AUGAGCGAAAGGAAAAAAUCGUCGAAGGCCCCAGAUGAGCAAGCGCCUUCGGGCGGAGUUCCGCCUGAUAUUAAUAAAGCUGGAACGGGACGAAAAAUGAACAAGCCGGCACUGCUGGCAGAUGCUCCGGGUCUGGACCCGCACGUGUACGGUGUGUUAGGUAUGGCCUCUGCCGUAAGUUCAGUGGCCUCGUCAAAAGCAACAACCGAAGAGGAAGAUGAUCUUUCAGUCUCAACCCCAGAAGCAGAAGCAGGGGGUGGACUACAACAGCAGCCAGCACGAGGCGCGCCAGUUCGAAAAGAAACCAAGCUCAAGAACAAGCAGAAGAAAGAGAAAAAACAAAAACGCGACCGUGCUGUCACUUCUAGCCCGGAAGACGAGGAAGCGAGAAAGGAGAAGAAGAAAAGAAAGAAACUCGCAGCCCUCGCGUCUGCACGGGCGCCGGAGUUGGUGAGUGGCAUGGACGAUGGUGGUACUUCCUCGAUUAUGACCAGCAGUGUAGAAGUUACCAGCAAAGAGACCAGUGAAAGUGCUGAAGAUCGCUCCGCAGCACGAGACAAGCAGCGGACGACAACCAGCGCAAGAAAGACAAGCAAGCAAAUAGAUACUGAAGUACUAGGGCAAGCAGGCCACGAUGCUGACAGCAAUAAUCAUUCUGCGGUGCUGCCACCUUCGCCGAAAACCAGCAUCGUUCACCAGCAACAACCGCCCGCGCCCACGACCUCUCCGACGGAAGCGGCCCGGGCCAGUGCGGCGGAGGCACUUGGACUGACGAAAAACCGCGUUUCCCAGCAGCUGCCGAUAAUGGGGCAGACCAUCUACGCAUCCAUGGACGGUCAAUCUUCUUCGGGGAUCGUUUCUCCGAACGGAUCCCGGCAAGGGUACGACUUUUACCCCCUGAAGAGUACCGCCUCGACCCUGAAGCGGAGAACGGAUGCGGCCGACGAGGAAAACUUUGCGAGCGCGGCCACCGCCAGAGCAACGCGCGCUUCGCCGACGGAGGCGCGAGGAGACCGGAUCAGCGAAACUGCAGUAAAAACAGGCGCAGCUGUGGUCCCUGCACCGAAGGACACGAUCGGGGAAAAUUUCAUUCCGGCCAGCAUAGUACCACCUACUGCAGGAGCAGGAGCUAAUGAAGCUAAAGGAAAGGGCAAGGUUGGUGGUCAAAACACACCUCCGGCUCCACCCGCGAAGGGGCCCGGCCCCAAACCCGAAGGAAACACGCCCGCGCCUCCGGCGGUGCCCGCGAAGGGCAACAAACCGUCGCCGCCAGCGACUCCAACCGGCAAAAAUAUGAAGGGCGCACCCGUGCCCGCAGUUCCCCCGGCUGCGAAUAAAGGGGCCGCGGGUAUCAAAGGAGGAAAAAUAAAUAAAGCAGGAGCCCCCGCCGCCGUGCCGCCGACGGAGGGGGCGGCAAAGGGGAAAAAGCCCGCCGGAAAAAACGCGAACUCAGGCUGGAGCUCUUCACGAACAGCGUCUCCUGCGCAAAACUCGGAUACCUCGACGGGCAGCCGGAUCAAACCGCCUGCCGUCGUGUCUACUACCACGAAUGAUUUCACUUCGGAGUUGCAGCGGAAGUUGGAGCAGCGGUCGAAAAGGAAAACGGCGGAUCCGGGCGUCGAACAACCGGUCGCCUCCCACCCGCCGACGGGCCCCAAAGACGCCUUCGGGUCGGAGCUGCAGCGAAAAUUGGAGCAGCGCUCAAAGAAGAACGCUGCGAAGGACGCUGGGGGAGCAGUUAUCCUGGACCCGAUCGCGCGCCGGCCUGGCAGCGUCGGACCAACGGAAACCGUGGGCGUUUUGCAGGGAUUUCAGUUUGUAAAAUCUUCCGGUUCGGGGAAGAAAGCUGCUGCUACUGGUGGCCCUGUUGAUACUACUGAUAGUACAACUACAGCAGGAGCUGCAACAGCGGCAGUGGACCCGCAAAGUAAAACCACGAAGACGCAACAGCAGGCUCCUCCGGGUAAGAUCUCUACGACACUGCUGGCAAACAACAACAAUAACGUAGGAACACCCGCAGAGAUCAACAUAGACAUACCGAGAGCUGCUUCUUCGAAAACGGCAGCGGGGCCACCACCAAUCGUGCCACCUAGUAGACGAACCACGAAGGCGAAAUCUUCACCGGCAGACGAGAAGCAGAACAAGAUACAGUUCAAUAGAAAUUUGAUCCAGCCCGAAGUGAACAUCAAUGCGUCCCACCCGGGGCUGAUCGUCGAUUUGACCGCCUCCCACGCGAUUAUCGCGGUGGACACGGCGCCGAACGAAAAGGAGAAACUGUUUGAAGUGGAUCCGCUGACCGGGGCGGUCAACUGGAAGAACCCCAUGAGCGAGAAGUCCAUGGCCGCGAAGCGCGCGGUGGACUACGCGGCCCAAGACGUCGGGGAGACGAAGCAGUUUUGGCAGCAGAUGGUGCAAACCGGGGGGAAUAAAACGCAGGCGAUGAAGAUGGUGACCGCACGGGGGCCAAAACAAGAUGGAGCAGGAAAUAAGACCGUCAAAUUUGGCGCAGCUCAGGAUUACGAGCCGACUGCGGUUCAUCUCGCAGAAGAAAACGUGGCGGAUAUGACGUACUUAUAUUUAUUAGCAUAGCAAACCUUACGUAGUGUUUUGUGAUUUCAUGGAAAAAUACUAGUUUGACUUUGGCACGAAAAGUAGCACUUUUUUUCUCUAAAAAAUGAUCUUCUGCAGCUUCUGCCUGUCAUCGACUUGUUUAUGUUGAUCUAUCAAAAGUUAGUAGAAGGAAAAUCAGAAACCAAAACUCCACGAAUACGAAAACGAAUCACUUUCACAGCGCAUCCCAGCUGGGUGCCCAGGGUAAAACAGUUCAAGUUUUCCGCAAAACCAAGACCGGACGGGGGACGCAAGCUCCCCGGGAAACUGAGUUUGUGCUCCUGCACCUGCCGCAGGAAUCCCAAACGGAUAUUCUGCCGGGAGGCGGGCCUCAGCGGAAUAUGCGGCGGAAGCGCGGCCCUUUGUCAACGGAUAACUUGUACGGGAACCCCCAAAGUUAUGGACUUCUCAAAUGUUACAUUCUCAACUGUUACAUGAAUUUGUAAUGCAAGACUGGCAAAAGUGAAAGGAGGAAGAUUGCGCCUUUUGCAUUACAAGAAGUUUAGCGCAGAUUCAGAUGCUGCUUAGCCCUUCCGAGAUUUGUCAUGCGAAGCAGCUCGAUCAUCUGCCGGCUGAAGGUGCUUUUGCAUGACAAAUUCAUGUAGCAGUUGAGAAUGUAACGUUUGAGAACGCCAUAAAAGUAUGAACAAGAUAAACGGGACGUUUCAACCCACCGCUACGCACCUAGUACAAACCGGACGACCUGCGAAUUACGGCAGUAUGGAGCCGAACUCGUCUCGGCCGAGACCAACGCGAGACCCCUCCGAUUCCGGCACGAUUUUGCUGAUCAUUGUGUGCGUCGUGGCGGGUUUGGCACUGGUUGCGGGGAUCGUCGUGACGAUUGUGUGCUGCAGUAAUUACGCGGCGGAUUCGGGCCCUGCUUCGUCGGACACCGCGACAACGACUAUCGGAGCAGCUGGUGCUGUAUCUUCACCUCCAAGUGCUGUGUUGCAGCUUGGCGAUGGAAGGCAACGUGGCGAAACCGAAAGAAAGUACGGCACUACUGGUGAGGACCGUAGUACUUCUAGUACGGCCGCACUAGUACCUGCAGAACGUCGUAGUACAGAGACACAGUUGUCAGCAGCAUCUGCGGCCGCACGAACCGAUGCGGAAGAUUCCCCGCCGGGUGAGAAAAAUACGCAAGGGCAAGAAGUAGUACCACGUGCCGAAGAUUCUGCUGUAUCGUGGAGUCAAUUCAUCCAAGGAGAAAGUACACCGAGAACAAAUAGCUACUUGGCACUGAAAAAGCGCCACCAGAGAAGAGCCCGGACGGUGGUCGUCAAGAAGGACGUCGGCUUGUGAAGGGGCGUGUCUUGUUUCGAUUUCCUUUUCAUCGGUAGCUACAACUUCUCGACAUGAAUUUCAAUUUUUCAUCCUCUCCCUGACCCUGCAGUAGCUACCCGCCAUGUUGAGUAAGUACGCUUAUACUAUGUAAAGUAGUUUCUCCAUUUAGAUUUAUCGGAAAGGCUUCCAGUACGGGAAGCUUACCUAUGUAUACUUCCCCUCGAUGAAACAAAGUCAAAGUGUUUUGUCUCUGGAACGAGCACCCGUUGGUUGCACGAAGUUUUGUGUCUGGAGCAGCAAUGAAGUCAACACGGUAUAAUUUCGAAUGGAGCGCCUGUACGGCGCUGGGCUUUUUGGUCGGAU